AGCCGUAGCCAUACUUUUGUCGGCCUCAUGUCGGGGAGCAAGGGCUCGAAGUGCUGCCAUGACGUCCAGAUCCCCCGGCUGGGCAGCCUGGGCAGCGCUGCGGAAAGGGGCGACGACUCCUUCGCGGAGCUCCGGCGCUUGUGCAAGGAUGGCGGCAUUGACUGUGACACGAUCCACUACUCUGUGCCGAGGACCAACCAACUAGGCGAACAGCAGAGGAGUGGCAAGGUGACCUUCUUUGGUGAUGUGCAGUGGGUGAUCCAGGGGACUCCGGACCACGACAAGGUGCAGCAGGUGAUUGAUGCUUCCAGCGUGCGCUACGGCUUUGAAGCCGGCACAACGGCUCCGCCUGGAGAUGAUAACGCGCACGGCGAGAUGGUCGCCUUCAACAGCCAGGCGUAUGUGAAGUCUACGCGGACCGGCAGCUCGGAGUUCUACAAGACGGUCUACGGACCGUACCUUCGGUGUGAGGCCGCUGGCUUCAUCGGACCUGCCGAUGCAGUGCCAGACCUGGUGGCCAGCACUACACUGGGAGGCAUGACCUGGACUUCGGCGGUGAACGACAUGUUUGAGAAUGUGCAGACUCGCUGCGGCGCGGUUGGGGCAGCCUUCGGCGGUAUGGUGCACUUCGAACGGUUGCAAGGUGUGGCCAUUGCGUUGCCCACGACAGCGCAUGAGAACAUCUUCGAGGCCAAAGAGAAGUAUUACCCCUUUGCCCCUCACGUGGAGCACAACGUGCAUUGCGUGGUGGUGGGCUUUGUCGCGGACAUGCGGGCGGCGGAGAAGAAGGGCGUCACCGGCUUGGACAAGGUCUUGUACAAAGGUGCCUCCGGUAGCGCUGGAGGAGGGGCCGACAGCUCCUUGACCCUCCACACGCACUUGGUGACGUUGAGGCGGAGCUGUCGCGCGCAGACCGCCCAGGCGGUGCAGCCACAGGACGUGAAGGAGGUUUACCACCUGGACUCCUCCAGCAUCGUGGCCAGCUUCAACUUGGAGAUGUGGCUGAUCGACCAGCCGCUGCAGGAGCAUCCCACGUUGCCAUCGGAUAGCAUGCCUCGAUCUAUGCCAUCUCCGACUCCUGCGAAAUGCAACUGCUCCGAGUGGGUGGUGAACGCCCUGGUUGACGCAGGGGUCACUCACAUCUUCGGCGGCCACGGGGGCGCAUUGGUGCCUCUGGUCAACGCGGUUUGCAAGCACCCAAAGGUAACCUGGAUCUGCAAUCGCAACGAAGCGAACUCGUCCCUCAUGGCAGCGGCCCACGCGAAGCUCACAGGAAACCUUGGCGUUUGCAUCGCCACCUCUGGGCCGGGGGCGGCCAACUUGACCACCGGCCUGCUGGAUGGGCUGCAGGAUCAGUGCCCCAUGAUCGCCAUCACCGGGCUGAAGCCGCGGGCAGGCAUCGGCUACAGUGAGUUCCAGGACCUCCAGCAGAGCCGACUCUUCGCCGGGGGCGGCCUCCCCAUGAGCCUCGACGUCCACAGCCCGGACGCUCUCAUCCCGCUGCUCCGGGAUGCUGUGGCCAAGGCGCUGACGCUGCGGACCUGCGUGCACCUGGCGGUGCCGGUGGAUGUGCAAGCAGCUGACAGCCCUGUGCCUUUGAAGCCCUUCUGUGCCGCAGACGCGCGGGAUGAGCUGACGCUGGCAGACUCUCACUCGUACCUCAUUCGCAACGUGGCCUCGGAGCUGAGUGCCGCCGUGGACCGCGGCAGCGGGCGGGUGGUGAUCGCGGUGGGGCACCGCGCAGUGGACGCAGGGGAAGAGAUCCUACAACUGGCGGAGCGCCUGAGUGCCCCAGUGCUCACACGGCUGGAUGCGAAGGGCUGCGUGGAUGAAUCCCAUCCCUUGGCAUUCGGGGUCAUCGGAGUGCACGGCAAGUCUGGGCUGGAGAAAGCAACGCGGAUCAUAGAAACCGCCCAGCUGGUGAUCUCCAUCGGGAACCACGACGACACCCUGUUGCUUUGCAACCGCGCGGGUCUGCAGAUUCGGCCCGUGAUCAAGUUCGAGCCCGACGCCAUGUGCCUCAGGAUCAACGCCAGGUACCGCGCCUUGUACGACGUGGUGGGCGAUGUGAAGUACAUGAUUAAGCGCUUGCUCGAGGCCAUGAAAGCCUCGCAGAGUCUGGCGGAGUCCCCGUCUCUGGCGGAGUCCUGGGCGCGAGAGCUCGCGUACAGUGGCAUGGAUAUGACCAGCCCACCGGAUGCGGCCACCUUGCAUUUGGUCUCUGGGGCGAAGCAGGCAAAGCUGGAGAUUCCGGAAGAGCACAAGAAGCUAUGGGACUGCGUGCGCGAUGGGAACUUCCGGAAAGCUUCGAAGCAAUGCAACCGCUUCAGAUGUCUCAGCAAAGUUGCCAGCGGCUUUGCGCAUCCUGCAACAGUUAUGGAGGAGAUGUCUUCGCGCAUGGGAGGGCAGGAUGUGCUCUGCGUGGACGUGGGCGAUGUCACCUUGUGGGCCAGCCUGUCCGCCUGCCUCACCAAGGGUCAGCGCACCCUCUCUUCAGAGCGGCUGGGCACCAUGGGCUAUGGCAUUUGUGCGGGCAUCGCCGCCUGCCUGGAGCGAGGUGCCAGCGGACGCGCUUGCGUGGUGCUUGGCGACGGGGGCGCGCAGAUGACCAUCAAUGAGCUGGGCACUGCACGGUACAUCUUUCAGCAGGCAGAGCACAAGCUGCUGUUGGUCAUCCUCGACAAUGCCACGCUUGGGCGGGUCGCCUUCGGAUUUGAGGGAGCCUUGGGAUGUGACCUGGGCCCAUCCCCGGACUUCGUGAUGCUCGCCAGGGCCUACGGAGGUGAUGGCAUCCAGGUCUCCAGCUGUGAUGAGUUGCCAGGUGCAAUGGACACCGCCUUCAAGUCCACGGGGAUCUUCGUGCUUCACGUCGUUACCGACCCGGAGCUCAAGGCAGAUAUGGCAACCUUCCAGGACACGUCCAUCAAUAUGAUGAACAGUGGCUGAAGGCGCUUGGAGUGUGGCUCAAUUAGUUUGAGCCCACAUCGGUCGGUGGGCUUGAAGUAUUAAGUAGUCUCUGGCGGUGGGUGAAUUCAACGGGGUUGGUUUCCAUUUCAAGCCGAAGGAACUCCAAAACCUAGGGCCUGGCUUCUAUUUGGGCGCGGGCUCCUCGCCUGGGAGCGAGAGCAUGCGGCUAAAAGCGUCGCAAGCGGAGACCGGCAGAAGCCGGAAGUUUAAGUGGACUGGCAAGCUGGGGAUA